AUGGACCCCCUCCCAGACUACUCUCUAGUUCUGGUCCGGAUCCUGGAUGAGCUGGACACCAAGCAAAGCGCCAUGUCCUACCAGGACCUGUGUAAGUUCUUGUGUGCAAACUUCAACAUGGUGCAACUGGCCAAGCUCCGCAGCCUGCUUUUCUACACGGCCUGCCUGGACCCCCCCUUCCCAGCAGACCUUUUCAAGGACAAGAUGUGCUGCUCCAUGCAGGAACCACAAUCCAAGAAGCGCAUGGUGGUGGAAGACAUUGUCACCAUAUUUAAUUUAAUACAAAUGAACAGAGGCAUAGCCAAAGACAAACUACCAAUAUUGCAUAGAGCCAAGUUUCAUGAGAACCAGUCCGUGGAACUGUGCAGUUCUCUCAAUGAUGAUUAUAAGUUUAAGGAUUGUGAAAGGGGGCUUGGCCAGGAGCACAUGGAUGAGCCCAGGGGUGGACACCACCACCACAAUCAUCAGAGACUCCAGCAGCACUCUGUGUCUCAGAGCACUGCUCCCUGCUCGACAUUAUCUAAGAACGACUGCCAGCAGUUUAUUACCAUUGAUUCUAACUUCCUCCUCGGCAUCAGCAAGGACCUGAAAUGUAGAGCAGCUUCUCCUGACAAGCUGCACCGUCUGCCCCAGUACUCCAGCAGCAGUUCACACUCUCCAUCCUGUGAAAUGCAGAGCACCAAGUCCAUCACUGAGACCCUGCAAUACAGCUGCUACCCAGAGCCCUUCCCCGUUCACUCCUUCAGUCAGAAGAGGAGCAUCUUUAAGGAGGACUUCCACAACUUCUCACCACAAGUAUGUGUUCACUGCAAAAAAAGGUGUAAAGGUGGCAGUAAAGUGUACAAACGAAUGUUCAUCAACCACAGCUUUGAACUUUCCUACAGUAACCCUUAUUUUGUUUAUUUAUCCAAUGCCCGUUCCUCUUUUCAGGACAGACAGAGGGUGAAGCAUGACAACCUGGAGGACUUACAGGCAUCUACAUAUUUUGGGUCACCCACAGUCUCAGACUGCACCAGCAACAGGAAGCAGAGCAACACAGCAGGGAAGCAGCUGCUGUGGUCAGUGAAGAGCCUUUGUAUCAGCAAAGAAGAGGGGCCUACAGACUUUGACAGGUCACUUUUAAACAGCAAACCACUUAAAGAAAACCACCAUGGCAAUGCCAAGAUCAUAUUCACUGAGAAUGAGCGGCAUUUUCAGAACCCAGGAGAAAAGGCAUUAGCUUCUCCGUCUGGCUUCGCAAAAAAAGCUAACGGAAUAAGGAACAAGGAUCUAGCACUGAUGGCAAGUGAGCCUGCAGGUUGGGAGAAAAUAGAAACAGUCAAAAGGUUCAGUGGCAAAAAUAUGAACAGUAUAUCUAUUCAAGGAGGGGACAGCUCCUCCAGUGUUGGGACUCAAACAGAGCAGGCUGAACAGAAUAAGGUAAAAGACUACCCAGCGAAGUACAGUGACAGAGAAAGGCAUGUCUUCAAACACUUUGAAGGGGACUCUGAGAUCUUGAGCGAUGACAUAAGUACCAUGUUUAAUUUCCUGGAUGAUAUGAGUGUUUGUGACUCUCUGGGUGUUGCCCAAUCAUCAUGCUACAACAGUCAUGGGUCUCUCUCUCAGGUAACUAUGAAGUCUGAUGGGGACAACUAUCCUGAACACAACGCAGUCAAACUAGCCAAGUCCAAGCUCGAUCGCCUUUUCCAUUCACUGGAAAACACAGACGAUGAGCUUAAAUCGAGUAUAUGCAAGGUGAUUACGAGGAUUGGUGAGAUUGAGAAGAAGCUGGAGUCUCUGUUGGGGAUUCGCAGUGAGAUCUCCCAGGUGAUCUCCAAAAUCAACAUGCUGGAUGAGAAGAUCCAGGAGACUGAGGCCAACGGGAAACACGAGGAGAUGGUGUCUGCAUCUUGGCCCAAUGAUACCUCAGACAAGCCGCUUCCCUACCAUCAUCUGCAUCCCAACACCACACCGUCACCUUGUGUUUUCCAGGGCCACACCACAGGUCGCAAUGUCAAAAUGGAAAUUGCCACAUCUGAUGAGUCCUGCUGUUCAGAUGGGGGAAACAGCGAUAACCUCAGACUUAAACCUCUGAAGAUGAGCAUGUCCAUCAGGAGGUGGUCCCACUCACUCAACAAGGAGAAGAGUGGCACUGAGUCCAAGGUUGCCAGCCUCACUAGCUCUCUGCAGGAUUGGUGGACAGUCUCAUAUCCCUACCACUGUGGAUAUGAGGUCAAAGACAAAGGCAGGAAAAGCAAGGACAGACACCGGAAGGCCGAAGAGGCAGAACGAGAGCGUCAAUACAAGCUCCCCCAAGCAAAAUGCCUACCAAAACCUCGAAAGGAGUCCCCUCUGAGCAAACAGUUUAUCUCACCACACCAUUUCACCCCAUCCAUCAAGGCCCACGUUAAAGGCAGUCCCCUGUACACCAACCUGAGAUUUACCAGCCUGUCAGAUGGCAUGCGUGGCCAGCCAUCCUGGGCCAUCAAGAAGUAUAACCGCAUCUCGGAAGAGAAAGGAAAACAGCUCACAGCUCUGGAACUGCAGACACAGGAGUGCCUAAACCCCAACAACCUGGAGUACUGGAUGGAGGAUAUCUACACACCAGGCUAUGACUCACUGCUCAAGAGGAAAGAGGCUGAAAGUAGGAGGGCUAAGGUGUGGAAGAUUGGUGCACUAAUUGCAGCAGCUACCUGCACUGUGAUCCUGGUCAUUGUUACAAUUUACAUCAUGAAAACAUGACAGUAUGGAUGUAAUAGCCCUGCCAAAAGGCUCAUUCACUUUUACUGCUGCCUUUUUGGACCUGCACUUGGUAAAUGGCAAAUGGACCUGCACUUAUAUAUAUAUAUAUAUAUAUAUCGCUUUUCCAGUCGCUUUGCAACCACUCAAAGCGCUUUACACUACAGACUGCGCUUAUUCACCCAUUCACACACACAUUCAUACUGGUGGCAGAGGCUACCCUAAACGGUGCCACCUGCCACCAUUGGGAAUUCAUUCACACACCGAUGAACGCAGCAUCGCGAGCAAUUUGGGGUUCAGUAUCUUGCUCAAGGAUACUUCAACAUGUAGACUGCCAUGGUCGGGGAUUGAACCACCAACCCUCCGAUCAGUGUGCAACCCGCUCUACCAACUGAGCCCCAGCCACCCCUUAUACUUUAUGUGUCAGUGAUUUCUUUGCAUAUGAUGUCAUACAUCAGGGCGUUCUCAACAUGGAGGGCAGGAAGAUUAUUAAAAUAAGAAACUAACUCAUAAAACAAGAUAAAUUAAAGCUACAAGCAGCGAUGAACUGGCCCGAGCAGAGUGACCUGACAAUUAUUUGUUUCUUACCAAGAUAAAAAAACCUUUAGAUUUAGAAGUGUUAGAUAAUUCAUCUUGUUUUAAGAGUUAAUUUCUUAUGUUAAGCGUUCAACGUGCUUAUUUCUAGAUUUAACAAUCUUAACAUUCAAAACAGAUGAAAAGGGGGCCUUAUGUAUCAGAUCCCUCAGGCUGUGCCAAAGCAUUGUCAAAUUGAAUAUCAGAACCAGAAUGGGAAAUCAGUGAUCCAAAAUGUAUCUUGCAAUAUAACUGCCAGUACAUACAGUAUGUCAGAGCAGUGUGCACUUCGUCCCAGCUUUUAUUCCUUUGUCUGUUUUAUUUUCCUCCACCAUGUCCUGUACGAGGUUGUGAUGAAUUAAAAUGCAACAUGCUGUGUAAUGUUUGUGCGAUGCUGACAUUUCUAUUUAAGUUCUCUCAACGCUAUUAAAGCCAGCACAAGAUGGUGCUCUAUGUCUUGCCACCAAUUUGACUCGCCUACUGAGCUAAUGUUAUGUCUGAAUCAAAAGGCUGUGACCUUUCUAAAUCAUUAAGACUUCAUGUGAGCCUAUUUUUAUGGCUCCUUAGACUGUGCAAUACAGAAAUCAAUUUCCCUCUCCCCACGUUUUAUAGAACGGUUACAUUUCCCAGCUAGUUAUUUUGUAAGUUGCUCCAUUGACUGAUUUCAUAUGCAGAUCUUUCUUUCUGUUUACAUCCAGAGUUCAUUAAUGAAGCAUGUUGGUGAAAAAAAUGGCCCUUUUUGGCUUCUUUUGUAUACAGUAAAUCAUGAUUAUAACAGCAGGUAGCGUCCUCCACUGUUUUUUGUUUUGUUUUUUCGAUUCUGAUACUGAUGUUCAUUGUCUUUGGUUUCAUUAUACUGUUGAUCAAUUAUGUAAAUUCAGAAUAAAAUAUUUGUGUUGUAUUUUUAUAUUACAUUACAAUGUAAAACAAUAAGUAAAUCCAGUAUAAGUCACUCAUCCUUAUUUCAAGUAUAUUCUCAAAUGUUCAAAAUGUGAAACCAAUAUAAAAUAUAAAUAUAUUAUAUUCUAUAUUUUUCUUAUUGUCAACAUUUUGAGGUCCAGACCCAACUGAAUUGAUGCCAUUAUUGUCUGUGUAUCCAAAGCCUGAUGUGU